ACAUGACUAGAUCGUCAAAACUAUUAUUGUUUACUCACCUUUGAGUGGUUUCAAACCUGUAUUCUGUUCCUCUGUACAACAGCAAAGGACAAAUUUAAAAGUCUUCACACAGCAUUUUUUUUUAAACAACAGUCCAUUGUGAUCAUGACUGCCAAAUUCAAGAAAGUCCGUAUGUUUUGUGUGCUAUAUUGCAGUGGUUCUCAACCGCAUUCCCGGAGGACCCCCAACACUGCACUUUUUGCAUGUCUCCUUUCUCUGACACACCCAUUCCAAGUCUGUGAGUCUACUAGCAGUUGACCUGAAUCAGGUGUGUUUGAUUAAGGAGACAUGCAAAAUGUGCCGUGAUGGGGGUCCUCCAGGAAUGUGGUUGAGAACCACUGCUAUAUUGCAUGUCUUCUAAAGCCAUAAAAUAGUUUUUGUGACAGACCUAUAAAAUCUCCAUCAUAGCUUUUAGUUUAUCAGAUUUUUUUUUUAACAUCAUGACACCAAUCCUGAAUUUUUUUUUUUUUUGUGAAUACCUAGAACAGGGGUGUCCAACUCAAUUCCUGGAGGGCCAGAUCCCUGCAGAGUUUCGUUCCAACCCUGCUCAAACACUCAUACCAUUGAAUCUGACACACCUGACCUAGAAUGUCAUUUUUGUUUCUCCCAGAAAGCUUUUGUAUGGCUUCAGAAAACCUAUGUAGUGCACAAUUGCUUUUAUUUUCUUUGAAGAUUCUUCAAAAAAUUUCCUUUUAUGCCCCACAAAAAUUAGCAGUAUUUGUUUAUGGAUUUACUUAAGGGUGAGUAAACAAUGACAGGUUCUCGGUGGUAAUAUUGGGUUGAAUGAUUCCUUUAUCUGUCAUUUUGUGAUUCACACACCCCUAAGGGACUCAGAUGUGAUCUAUGAAAGCUUAGUGGUGUCUUUUGUAUAUACAUGCCCAGUUUUAAACUUUAGUUUCAGUUUUAAAAUUUACAAUUUUUGCUGUAGACACUGCUGCAGCAAACCUGUUCGAAAUUAAACGGUCUGUGAAAAUCCAAAUGCCUCUUUUAGUUAUUUGAACACUUCCCAUUCAGUCACACAGGAGCCAGCAGGUCAGGCACACACACAGAUGCUGUUUCUUGUGUGCAGGCAUCUGCUCAGUUUCAAAAUCUCCACGGUAACAACGACCGCAUGAUGUCACCCCACGUCUACAGUCGCGAAUACCGCAGUGUGCGAGCUCCGACUGCUGCCUGGAGUAUCCGCGCACGGGUCCGUCGCCGCCCCUCCCCUUCUACGCUCGCUCCGAAGAUCGGCCAUGUUGCCUCUCGCGCUUGUUCCGGUAUCAGGCACGAGCGUUUGAGCAGCUCGGCCGCAGUACGACACCGAUCCGCCUCCUAUGAAACUCGUUUCACCACAGACCCGAAGCCAAUUAUGGAUUUUACUACCUGACUCUGGAUGUUUGUCUUUGGACGCGAGCGUUUCCUUUCAUUCAACAACCGUUUGUCACCGGGAUCCGGUGAGUGGCGGAAGACGGUUUCGUGGAUCAUGAGGGUUUUUCGGGAUUGAUCUUUUUUUCAUUAUUUUUUUAUUUAUUUUUUUGAAACCCACCUUACGUUUGCUUGGCCCUAACGGUCGUUUUUCUUCACAUCCGUGUUCAGCCAAGCGCCGUUUGUUUCGUUUAGCUCAAAGUGACGGCUGAGGUUUUUCACCUUUUGUUGACACUUGAUUUUGAAGGUCGGUAAAAUUGUGAUUUUUGGUUGGCCUAACAUUUAAUAUCGCUCGCAGAGAGACCCUUUUCCUAUUCGUGUGCUCAUUCCCUAUUACUGUCAUUUUAAGACCUGGGAGGAUAUGAAUCGUUCAUAAACUCAAAUUUAAAUGUAAGUGAGCUCCGUCUCCCCGCGAAGACUUAAAAUCCUUCACAAAUCCUCCUCAACGACCUGCUUUUUAUUUUCAACUGGAGACUUCAAAACAAGUUUUUCUCCACAUAUGGACUGAUGUUGGGCUUCAACUUGUUGAUCGCUGUCUGCGUGGCUAGUUCAGGCUAGCUAGCAACACUGAUUACUUCUGUCAGAACAGACGAAUAGCCUCAAACGACAAGCUUUUAAAUGCUUGUCAACCACUGAAUACAAUUUUCCGUUUUUAUUUCCCCCUUUGGCCCUGUGUUUGAGAAUCCCUGGGCGAAAAUGUCAACCCGGCCUCAAGGAGCAGGUGUUAUUGAGAAUUCAUCCAGCCAGACCCACUCUGAUGCCAAAGGAGGAGGGCGUCCCAGUGUGUCACGUAGUCGGAAUGUGGUGCCGACUGUGGAUGAAAACCCCCACAUAGGAAAUUACAGACUGCUGAAGACCAUCGGCAAGGGCAACUUUGCCAAGGUUAAACUGGCCCGACAUGUCCUCACUUCUAAAGAGGUAGCAGUGAAAAUCAUAGACAAGACACAACUCAACUCUUCUAGUCUUCAAAAACUCUACCGAGAAGUGAAAAUCAUGAAGUUUCUGAAUCACCCAAACAUUGUGAAGUUAUUUGAGGUGAUCGAUACAGAGAAGACGCUGUAUUUAAUAAUGGAAUAUGCCAGUGGAGGCGAGGUUUUUGAUUACCUUGUUGCUCACGGGAGGAUGAAAGAAAAGGAAGCGCGUGCCAAAUUUAGACAGAUUGUCUCAGCUGUGCAGUAUUGCCAUCAGAAGUGUAUUGUACACCGAGAUCUCAAGGCUGAGAAUCUUUUACUGGAUGCUGACAUGAAUAUAAAGAUCGCUGACUUUGGUUUCAGUAAUGAGUUUACGAUGGGCAAUAAAUUGGACACGUUUUGUGGGAGCCCACCGUAUGCCGCCCCUGAACUCUUCCAGGGCAAAAAGUAUGAUGGUCCAGAGGUGGAUGUGUGGAGUCUCGGGGUCAUACUUUACACGCUGGUCAGUGGCUCGCUGCCUUUCGAUGGACAGAACCUGAAGGAGUUGCGAGAGCGUGUGUUAAGAGGGAAGUAUAGGAUUCCUUUCUACAUGUCCACAGACUGUGAGAACCUGCUGAAGAAGUUUCUCAUCCUCAAUCCUACCAAGAGGGGAAGUUUGGAGCAGCAGAUCAUGAAGGAUCGCUGGAUGAAUGUAGGCCAUGAAGAUGAUGAGCUAAAGCCUUACGUUGAUCCCCAACCUGACUACAAAGACCCCAGGAGAACAGAGAUAAUGCUUCAGCUGGGUUUCAGUCAAGAAGAAAUAGAGGAAUCUCUCAUCAAACAAAAAUACAAUGAAGUCAUGGCAACCUACCUGCUGCUUGACUAUAGGAAUUCAGAGCUUGACGAGGGUGUCAACUUGUCGCUAAAGCCACGCCCAGUAAAUGACCUUACUAACAGCAAUGGCCCUUCUCCACCUCAUAUGGUACAGCGCAGUGUGUCAUCCACUCAGAAACCUGUCAGAAGAGCAACAGAUCAGGGCUCAUACUCGAAACGGUCUCAGGGAGAAAACAAGCAUGGAGUGGAGGAUUCUGGGAGGAAAGGUUCAAGUAGCUCUACCAAAGUUCCACCAAGUCCAGUCAUCUCCAGUGAACGCAAAAAGAGUUCCACUCCCUCUACUAAUAGUGUCCUGUCCACGGGCACAAGUCGCAGCAGAAAUUCCCCCGUUUCUGAGAGAGCCACUCUGGGAGUGCAAAACGGCAAGGACAGCCUAAACACCCCCGGGUCCCGUGCCUCCACGGCCUCGGCCGGCGCCGUGCUCUCCUCAUCUUCCUCUUCCUCACGCACCCGCCAUCACAAGUCCCUCUCCACCUCCGCCCAUCCUUGCCCCGCAGACCUGCACUCACACGGCCCAGUGAUCCCCCACAGAGAGCACCUGGUGCCUCCCCGUCAGCCCACAAUAUCAGCAGCGCAGCUGGGACGGACCGUACCAAUUUCCCUAGAGGGGUGCCCACCCGCAACACCUUCCACCUCGGCCAGCAGCGGGGCGCACGGGACCAACAGGGUUCUCCUUACCAUGGAGCCCCCGCCUCCCCUUCCCUGUCCCACGGCAACAGCCAACAACGACGACCUGUGGCUUCCGGCAUCUUCAGCAAGUUCACCUCCAAGUUUGUGCGCAGAAAUCUGUCACUCAGAUUCCCCAGAAGGAGCCCCUAUGAGGGAGAGGGUCGAGAGGAGGGGAUCAGAUCUAUGCUCAGCAGUGCGGAGAAGUCGGAGAAGACCAGCGUAGGGCUGGAAGACGACAACAAAGACUCUUCCUUCACCCCGGGGGGCGGGACUCCUCCAGCUGCUCCCGUGUCCUCCCUUAAAGACCAGGCGAAGCCUCGCUCCCUCCGCUUCACCUGGAACAUGAAAACCACAUCUUCCAUGGAGCCCAGUGACAUGAUGAAGGAGAUUCGGAAGGUUCUCGACGCCAACAGCUGCGAGUACGAGCAGCGCGAGCGCUACAUGCUGAUGUGCAUGGCCGGUAACCCCGCCCGUGACGACUUCAUCCAAUGGGAGAUGGAGGUGUGCAAACUGCCCCGCCUCUCACUUAAUGGUGUGCGCUUCAAGAGGAUAUCCGGGACGUCUAUUGCCUUCAAAAACAUCGCCUCCAAAAUCGCCAAUGAGCUGAAACUGUGAGAGGAAAAAGAGAUAAGAAAAUGCAAGUGAAGAAGUAGCAUAUUAAAGAGUCUCUGAACAGGGAUGAGUGAGGAUCGUAUUGCUCAAACACAUCCUGCUGGUAUGGGUAGGUACAGAGAGAGAUAAAAGAUCAGAUUCAUACAAACGGGGGGAAAAAAUAGCACACUGGCCCUUCAUUCCUGCUCAUUAAGGAGUUUUGGAAGAGUAAACUCUGCAGGUUCUUGUUUCAUUGGCCUGAAUAUGUUCAAUUCAGAAAGGCAACAAGUCGCAACAUGGUUUGUUUCUGUUGAAAAUGAAUUUUGAACUCAUUUCGGUUCUUUACAUACACUCACACACAUAUGCACCUAUUGCCGAUUGAAACAGACAGAGCUUAAAACGCCAAACUUGAAAGAAGGGUGGACAUUGACUAAAAACAAACUAAAGUAUUCGCAGGGUGGAGGUUGGCAGUUUGGGACUGAUGUUUGUGCCCCCUAUUAUUUCUUCCUCUUAUUCUAUCGACAGGGUUACACCUCACCAUUGUUCAGUAAGGGCCAGAACUUGAUCAAUAUCGAGAGGACUGUAAAUUCUGGUUAAGGUGAUUUUAAUUCUUAAUCGGCUGGGUUUAGAUUUGCUGCACUGGAUUGGGUGAAUUUCUGUUGCCUUUUUAUUUUCUUAUAGAAAUUAAAUGUUUCAUUGUUGUAUUUACCAAUGAUUGUUUUAAUAUUAUUCCUAGGAAAAACUUUUUUUUUUUUUUUGUGGUCUCGUGUUAUUGAUCGUGCUAUGCCUUUGUAUAAAGAAUGUCUGAAAAAGCACCACAUGACUCCCACUGAACCUUUCACACUCUUACCCCACUUUGUUGCAAAUGAUUAUGGGCCAGCAAGUACUCUUCUCACACUUAAACAGACAAAAAAAUCACUGGAAAAGACAUUAAAAAGACUCAAUUCAUGCAACUAAUCAUUCCCAUGCCAUUUUCAUGACUAAAGAACUGAUGUCAAGUUGUUCGUCUCUGCAUCAAACAUUUCAUGGCUCAAGCCAAGAACUUUCCACCUCAGUUUCGUCUGGGGGUGGCUUUUUGGCAUUACGCAUUUGAUGGUUCACUCUUUAUGAAAAUGUGUCGUGAUUGAAUGUGUAUGCGUGUAUGAGAGAUGGAGUGUCGUAUCUGAAUAACCAAAAGGCUUGCUUAGGUUCAUAUUCAAUGCAGAGACUAUUAAUACGUAGCCUUGAGACAAAAUGUACCUGCCAUGAAGAGUCAAAUAUUGGCGUUCUGUUUAUUCCGAUGUUUUGUUGGCAUUAUCAUUUUCACUAUUAAAAUGUCAUUCUUGCACAAGCAGAUCAGUAGUUUGAGCAGACGGGAAUCAACCUGCAGAAAUGUCUGCGUAAAAGAGAGAGCAACAAGGUACACUCACUAUGAGCCAGAGAGUCGGUGUGGGUACUGUUUCCAUCCAUUUCUGCUGAGCUGUACAUGCUUGCAUGCAUCCUCUAUUUGACAAAAGGUGCACUGUCACCUCUGUUGUUGUGUAAAGAGGAAGGGGGUUGAGAUCAGAUCUCCUUAAAAAGUCUGUCACCAGUUUGGGGGACAACUGUGCACGUGUAUUUUAUAUCUUCAUAGAAAAUAAUGAUUAUCUUUUUUUUUUUUGUCAUGUACUUUGCUGUUCUCACAAAUGAUCAUUUGUUCAAGGUGCUGGGGAUCCAAUUAUCUUAAGUAUUGUUUGUUUUUUCUUCAGGGUUGAUUAUUUUUAUUCAAAAGUUUUUUGUUGCUGUAAUUUUAUUUGUGUCAGACACUUUGCUGUCGGGAUGGGGGGGUUCACAUAGAAAUACACCAUGUUUUUUUUCUUCUUUUUGUGCAAAGAUGAUUAUGAUCAAUGAUAGUAAUAAAACAAUUAAAUUCAA